AUGGAAAUCCCAAACCCACCUAUGGCUUACACAGCAAGCCAAAUCAAUAAAUAUCUCCAUUACAUUGCCCUCCCACAAUCGUACAAAACAUACCUGUCCAACCCGCAAGCCUUCCCCAAAACAGAACAAGGAUUAAAAGACCUUUUUCGUUGUCAAAUAACUCGCUUUCCCUACGACAACCUAACAUGCCACUACUCCGCCACACAGUUGGCACAAAUUCAGCCCGAGAAAAUCUACACCAAGCUUAUGGGUGAUGGAGACACCACUCCCUCCGGCAGGGGAGGCUACUGUCUCGAAGUCAGCAUCUUCUUCCACCAUAUACUCCGCGCUCUAGGAUUCUCAGUUUACAUGACUGGUGUUCGAAAUCGGGAGCGGAUUGACGGGAUUCCACAGGGCGAGUUCAAGGGAUGGACACAUAUCGUAAACAUAGCCCGUCUUCCAACAGGUUUGGAAUACCACCUGGACGCAGCAUUCGGCGGAGAUGGCGCGACAAGUCCCCUAGCCCUGAUAUCAGGACAGAUUACACAGAAUCUGGGAACGCAGCAGGUCAGGUUGGUCUAUGAUAAUAUGCCGAAGCAGACGCGGCCAGAGCAGAAAGUGUGGAUAUAUCAGUAUCGCAAUGGGGCCGAGAAACCAUGGAAUUCUUUCUAUUCGUUUGCGGAGUUGGAGUGGUUUCGGGAUGAUUUUGAGGUUGUUAAUCGCUUUACUAGUUGGGAGGCGGUUGAAAAGGGGCGUUUUGUUGUUGUGAGGUUUUUGAGAAAUGGGGAGAUUGGGGAUAUUGCCCUUUUGGAGGGGGAGGGUGGUGGUCAUGAGGGUGAUGGGGAGGUUUUUGUUGUUGGAAAGGUCAUGAUGGUUGACAAUGUUGUCAAGGUGAAUAUGGGUGGGAGGACUAGGGUAGUCGAUUCUUUUGAGGGGGAUGAGGGGAGGUUCAGGGCUUUGAGGAGAUGGUUUAAUGUUUCUCUUGAUCAGGGAUUCUGA